AUUGGAGGUUUCGUGGCCGCAACCGAUCCGCGCCCACCCCUCCCUCACUUCACCAUCUCCCACAUUAUAACUCUUCCCCCCCCCUCCUCUCUGCAAACCCACCCGCGCUUUCUCUCUCUAAAAUUUCGUUCCCUCCAAACCCUUCCACACAACAAAAAAGAGUAAACACUUAGAAAAUUAAAUUAUAGAGAGAGAAAAUCGAGUUUCGAUUAGGGCACCGCCAUCAUCAUCGUCUUCAUCGAUUCUGAAACCUAGCAAUGGGGAAAGACGACGAUGAGAUGAGAGGAGAGAUAGAGGAGAGAUUGGUAAACGAAGAGUACAAGAUUUGGAAGAAGAACACACCGUUCUUGUACGAUUUAGUCAUCACUCAUGCUCUUGAAUGGCCUUCUCUCACUGUUGAGUGGCUUCCCGAUCGGGAAGAGCCGCCGGGGAAGGACUACUCGGUCCAGAAGAUGAUUUUGCGGACUCACACAUCCGAGAACGAGCCUAAUUACCUCAUGCUCGCUCAGGUUCAGCUUCCACUCAAAGAUGCAGAGAACGAUGCCAGACAUUACGAUGACGAUCGGUCUGAUUUCGGUGGAUUUGGCUGCGCCAAUGGCAAGGUUCAAAUAAUUCAACAAAUCAAUCAUGAUGGAGAAGUUAACCGAGCUCGUUAUACGCCCCAAAACCAAUUUAUUAUUGCCACUAAGACGAUUAGUGCUGAAGUAUAUGUUUUUGAUUAUAGCAAACACCCAUCGAAGCCUCCUCUAGAUGGUGCAUGCAGUCCUGAUUUGAGGUUGAGGGGCCACAACACUGAAGGAUAUGGUUUGUCAUGGAGUAAGUUUAAACAGGGUCAUUUGUUGAGUGGUUCUGAUGAUGCCCAAAUAUGUUUGUGGGACAUCAAUGCGACUCCUAAGAAUAAGGCUCUGGAUGCCAUGCAAAUAUUUAAGGUUCAUGAAGGUGUUGUAGAAGAUGUAGCAUGGCAUCUGAGGCAUGAAUACUUGUUUGGUUCAAUUGGGGAUGAUCAGUAUCUGCAUAUAUGGGAUCUCCGGACUCCAUCAGUCACCAAGCCAAUUCAAUCUGUAAUUGCUCAUCAAAGUGAGGUCAGUGUCCAAAGUUUCAGAAGUCUAUUGGAUGCUUAGAUAUGCACAGACACAUUCAUUGAAAUGGUUCUACCCAUGAUACAUGUACAUAAGUUUGGAUGAACUGACACAUGGUAUAAAAGGUGUAAUACUUUCACCCCUUGAUGAUUUUUUAUAGUGUCAAAUUUUGAGUAGGGAUACCCUUUUCUCCCUCUUUUCAUUUUUCCACCCCUUUUACCAUUACCAAAUGGAGCAAGGUCUGUUAAAUAUUGCAGCAUGGGUAAGCAAUUUAACAGAAAAUUAAAUUUUCUGGUUGGAAAUUAAACCUGGCUUGAAAAUAUUUUGUUUAAAUUUGAGGUAACUAUGUAAAUUCUUUUGAAGAAUAAGUACAAGAACUGCAGUUCAUGUUUAGUUCAUGUUUGGAAAA